CACCACUAUAUCUCUGGUUCACACUAUCAAAGUACUCGGAAAAGAAGAUAGUAUUUUCUUCAUUACAUACUGUAUUUUCAAUGAUCCCGAUGGGCUGAUUUACGAGGGGGAGUUUAUUGUACAAUCUUUAGACUGGAAAUUUAAAGGCUGAAGCAAAACAUUUGGCAGACAGAUCAAACAGAUCUGUUCAUCAUUAACUGACAGUCGGAAUUGUAUCUGGAGAAGAUAAUAUUUGGCUUGACGGAAAUCGUAAAAUAAAGUCGUCAGGUCAUUGAUAAGUCAUGUUCUUCAGGAACAUUACUUCAAAAGUGCCGUCGAGUAGUUUUGCCAUGUGACUUUGACAGUAUGCUCGUUCAUAUAGAAGGUAGAGUGAGAAAUUAACGCUCCGUUUCUUAGUGUUUUGCACAUUUCAAGUAAAAAAGAUUGGAUUUGGGUAGCAAUAAUACAUGCAGUCAUAAUGCUGAGUAUUUGCACUGUGUUCAUUAAGAGACCAGUUCUUCACUCCAAAUAAUUAUUUGUGGAGGGAGACCUCAGUAGGUUGAUGAAACGUCAUCAUCCCAACAGAGAUAACUUUGUUGUGAUGUUCAGGAAGUUGAACGAAACGAGCAACAGCUGAUUGUGAAAGAGGUGUCCCGUGAGACAAGUUUCAAUUUUCACUUUGGUACUUGUCAAGUCUGGUCUUCCUGUCCAGCUAAUUAGCCAUUGUGCUCAUACAUUUGAACCCAUCAGAAGACUGAAAGGCAAGGGAUAUUAAAGAACCUGAAUCACUAAAGAAAUGCCAUUUGUAUCUGAGAAAAAUCAAGAUAGUAAAUAUCUGGUAAAUUUCGGAGUAAAUUGGAGUGCUGCCUACGCUUGAGAAUGGAAAAUUUGUUCUCAGAUCACAGAUUCUUCUCAGAGAUGCAGUAGAGAACAGGUGUGCUACCUUUUGCCGUCCUGACUGCUGCUUGAGAACUUGGAUUUUGUUUCAAAUGUAAUAAUACACGUCAGACAACUUUUAUAUGGAAAACCAAUAAAGAAAAACAUAUAUGUUGGUGUCAAUUAGAACCCCUAUUUGAAACACACCCUACAUAAAAUUUGAACCGUUCCACGCUGUUUGGGGUAAAACGGAAGAAAAUGGGCACUGAAUUCAACCCAGACACGCUGGUGGCGCCGUCGCUCAGCAAAGGCGACACUGAAGCCAGUCGCGUGACCAAGAUGUCCUCCCCCAAGGCUCAAGAAAUGCUCGAAUAUGAGGACAUCGCUUCAAACACCGGAAACAGCUCUGAUGGCGGUGUAUCUACCACGUCAAGCACCGCUGCUCGGAAAUUAGAAUAUGAGAAAGCUGUUAUUGAAAGAGAUAAAGAAGAAAGAGCUGCCGAAAUGAAGAUGAAACAAUAAAAAAUCAACAACGAAAUUAAGCGAAUGAAGCUCCAAGAAGAAUCAUUGAAAAUUCAAAUGGAACAAGAAAGAAUUAAAAGGCAACAAGAACAGAAUUAAACAGAAGCAUAUUAGAAGCUGAAGUGCUUAGAAACGAAAUGAAGAAAAUUGAAGCUGAGAGAAAUAUUAGGAGAGCAGAAGUAGUUUUAGAAGCCGGAAGUUGUGCAGGCAUUAGAACAGGAAGCAUGCUCUCUGUUUCAUGCAGUCUGUUUGGCAGACCAAAAAUACCCAUUGGAAUUUCAAUGCCUGCAGAGACUCCUAUGACCAAAACUACAAAGGAUUUUAAGAUUUCCUCUGCUCCACUACCCAAGACUAUUUUGAAAAAUGGGGCUUCAACUACAACACCAAUAUCCGGCCUCAAUCCAUUGACCCCUCCCUUCACCAACACGAGAAUGCAUCACCCACCGCCACCCACAAUACCUCUGGAUAUGGCAGUUACAAACCGAUCAGUAUGGAGGAGUCUCUGUACCAAAUGCAGAGGCUCACACAGGUAAUUAUUGAACAACAACGUCAAACAGUUUUGCCACUUACCAAAAUUCCCACCUUCAGUGGCGAUGUAACUCGGUAUAUGAAAUUUAUCGAUACUUUUGACUGUUGUUAGUACAAAUACAGAUGAUCCAGGGCGUAGGCUUACUUCUUAGAGCAGCAUCUUACUGGCAAGGCAUUGAAAUGCAUUCAAUUUUGCAAAUACUUAGACCAGCUGUGGGAUAUGUUAAGGCAAGGGCAGAGUUGGAAAAUCGGUAUGGGGAUGGCCGUGACCUCACUCAAUGUUAUCUUGAUAAGAUCCGGGCUCACAAACCUGUAAAGACUGCCGAAGAAUUUUAUGGAGUUCUGCUACGAGAAUGUGAGUAUGCAAUUGCUUCUGGGGGUAUAAAUAUAGACCCAGUCACUGUAAUGUGCCAUCCAUUGAAUAUUAGGACCUGUGUUGAGGAGCUGCCAAUUGAUGUCCGCAGAAGAUGGGAAAGAAAUGAAGCUAAAGCGAGAGUGAUUCAGUAGACCCCAGCUACCUAUCAUGACUUAGUCGAAUUUGUAGUCAACGAGUCCUUACACGCUGAAAGGAUACAAGAGCAGCAAAAACUAUCUGACAGCAUGAGUAAGCAGCCUGUAGCUGCUUUAGGUAAGAAGAUCCAGCAAUCUAGCAAGACCUUCCUGACAAGCGACGGGUCUGGUGGGACAGUUGCAGUAUGUGAAUUUUGCGGAAGGAAAGGCCACAGCUUCGAGAAAUGUUUUAGUUUAAUCAAGAAAGACCAUAAAUCAAAGCAAGACUUCCUUCUUAGUAAGGGUAGAUGUUACAGAUGUUUGGUCAAGGGGCACGUGGCACCCAUUUGCAAGAGCAAGAUAAGUUGUGCGAUCUGUAAGGUUCCAAACCAUUGUACCCUGAUGCAUCGAGAUAACAGAGGUCGCAGCGAAGAGUAUGAGUUCAGCACUGUCAGGGAAUACAGCGGCUCCUCCCGCUAAGGAAGAAGACCUAACGAGGACCCCAUCCACAAAGGAAGAAGCCACCAACGAGGCUGGUACAGAAUCCAAGCCUGUAGAAAAUAGAAAUUCAGCUGUGUCCUGCUUCACACAAGAUCAUGACGGUACGGUCGCCCUUCCUUUGUUGCCACUCAUUAUUGCAUGCAAGGGAAAUCGGAGGUGUACAGCUUCCUAUGUUUGUCUCGAUUAUUGUUCAACCACUUCUUACAUCACCAAGCGCCCAGUUCAGGCCCUAGGAAUUGUGACCUCGUGCUGAGGAAAGAAGCACAAUAUGAAAACACUUGCUGGCAAUGAUCUUAAAGAUAAUCCUGAAAUAGUAUUUGGCUUACAAGUUCAAGGUUUAAAAGGCGAAGGACUUCUCAGUCUAAAGGUGACAGUAGUAGUGGACGACAUACCAGCUACGUCUAACGACAUGGCUAUAUCUACUGACCUCAAAAGAUGGCCCUACCUUCGUCUCGUUAGUCUUGAAGAUGCACCCAAAGUAGAAAGACGAGUAGAACUUCUAUUUGGGGGAGACAAUCCUGCUGCCCAUAGGUUCACUGAGAUCGUGUCCAGUGAGAACGACGGACCAAAGGCGGCAAUGACUCGAUUUGACAGUUGGGUGGUAUAUGGACCUCUAGAACCCCUUGGUGAAGACCACUUGCCCACUGAGGCAUCAAUUCACUUGACAAUGGCAACGAGUAGGCCUAUAAAUGAAUGCUUGAAGGAACACUUCAAUCGUGACUUUGCUGAGUGCGAAAUGGAUAGCAAGCUAGAGGAUUCAUAAGAAGAUAAGCUCUUUUUGGAAAAGGCAAAUGAAUCCAUUACCUACCUAAAUGGACGUUACUCCAUCGGCUUACCAUUUCGCAAUGAUGGCCCCCUACCAAACAACAAGGCGCAGGCAGAGAGUAGGCUUAAUUCGCUAAUGCGCAAACUUCUGAAGAAUGAAAAAUUUAGGGCAGACUAUACAACAUUUGUAGAAGCCAUGUUCAGCAAAGGAUACACCGAAAUAGUACCACCGGAUAAACUUAGGAGAAAUGAUGGGAGGGUAUGGUAUUUAUCGCAUCAUGGCAUUUACCACCCUAUGAAGCCAGACAAGAUUAGGGUGGUAUUCGAUUGCUCAGCUCGCUUCUUAGGCAUCGCUCUGAAUGAUGUCUUGCUACAAGGUCAAGAUCUCACAAGUAGCCUCGUCGGAGUCUUGCUGAGAUUCCAGGACAGCCAUGUGCCUAUCUUGGCUGACAUACAAGAAAUGUUUUGUCAGGUUUACGUUCCUGCAUCUGACAGGGAUGUCUUAAGAUUUCUCUGGUGGCCUGAUGGUAACUUGAUGAGGGAGCCAUUAGAGUGCCGAAUGACUACGCAUCCAUUUGGAGCGACUUCUUCUCCAAGCUUGGUAAAUUUUGUACUUAUAGAACUGCUGAUGACCAUCAAGAUAAAUUCAGCAAAGAAACAAGAAAUUCUCUGAAAAGGCAUUGCUACAUGGAUGAUUUGCUUAAGUCUGUGGAGACUACGGAAAUAGGUGGUGAGAUGGCGCUUAAUCUCAUCCAACUCGCUGCUCUUGGAGGCUUUCGACUGACCAAGUGGAAAUCUGCUGAUCCUGCUGUCUUGGAGAAUAUACCUGAAGAGGAUAGAGCUCGGCUCAUAAAGGAGUUUACUAUAGAGCGCCAUCUGCCUUCUGAACGAGCGCUCGGCGUUGAUUGGUCACUAGAAACGGACACACUUGGGUAUCAUCCAAAGCUGAGUCUGGAAGUUCUUACGACUCGAAGAGGAGUUCUGUCGAUGAUAGCAGGAACUUACGACCUGAUAGGAUACGCAGGACCAUUCAUCCUCCGAGCUAAACAACUUAUUCAGUGGUUGUGCAAGAGAGGUCUUGACUGGGAUCAACCCAUGGAUAGUCCUAUCUGGCUAAGUGGUCCAGCAUUUCUGCGUCGUGAGGAAUGUCAUUGGCCCCUGAUGCCGGAGGACUUGAAGAAUGCACAGUUGGGUAGUGACCCCAAAGUAAAGUUAGAAGCUUCCUGCCUAGUUACUACUACUGGAGCAGCAGAAAUGUCCAUUCUGGAAAGGUUCUCGUCUCUGGAACUGCUUGUUCGCAAAGUUGCUUGGCUUCGAAGGUUCCCAUACAAUGUACGUGUGAAACAAAAGGGCUUGCCACUAGAAUUGGGCCCUAACCUGAGUGUUGCAGAGCUCGAAAACAGCAAAUCGACAAUCUUCAAAGCUGUUCAAGCAGAAAGCUUCGCAUUAGAACUGACGAAAAUCGGAGACACACCGUCAACUCCUGCCAAUACCAGAAAUUUGCCUCUCACCAGCAAAAUUGCAAGACUGAACCCCUUCUUGGCCGAAGAUGGGCUACUACGAGUAGGGGGGCAGAUUGAACAAGAGCCAGACGGAAUUUGACGCUAAGCAUCAAAUCCUACUACCUAAGACAUCGACCGUAUCCAAGCUUUUAGUGAGAAAGAUUCGUGAAGAUUCUGGACAUUCUGGUUGAAACUAUGUUCUGUCGAAAUUGCGACAAAAAUACUGGAUCAUUGGAGCAGGUGCCCUAAUAAGGAGCAUUAUUUCAAAGUGCGUUAUCUGUAAACGCUUGUCAGCUCGACCAAUGAAUCAGAAAAUGUCUGAACUUCCAGCCUAUCGGGUCACUCCCAGUAAACCUCCAUUCACAAGUACAGGCGUCGACUGCUUUGGGCCCUUCGUGAUGAAGAGAGGACAUGUCGAGCACAAGCGCUACGGCAUUAUAUUCAUGUGCCUUACAUCUCGUGCUGUUCACUUGGAAGUGAUGGAUGCGAUGGACACAGACGCAUUCGUGAACGCAUUGCGUAGAUUCUUAUCCUGACGAGGCGGCAUUGAAAUUCUUCAUUCCGACAAUGGUAGUAACUUCAUUGGGGCAGAGCGGGAGCUACGGAUGGAGUUCGAGAAGAUAGUUAGUAAGCAAGUUGUGGCCGAGUUAUCUACUAAGGGCGUCACAUGGAUCUUUAACCCUCCAUAUGCGUCCCACUUUGGGGGCAUAUGGGAGCGCCAGAUAAGGUCAGUGCGUCGCAUUCUUGGUGCGCUCCUUCAACAUCAGGUACAAUGAAGACAACCUUCGGACACUGCUGUGCGGGGUUGAAGCAAUUUUAAACAGCAGACCUCUCACUAGAUCAUCAGAGAAUCCCCAUGAUCUAGAGCCCAUUGAAGGGACCAGUUACAUCUCCAGGAGUAUUCCAAUGGCAAGACUUGUACAUUAAGCAAAAAUGGCGCCAGGUGCAGUAUCUUGCUAAUCAGUUUUGGAUUCGUUGGCGAAGAGAAUACCUUCCUUUGUUGCAGGAGCGACAGCGCUGGUACUGAAAAUGACGCAAUCUCGCCAUCAAUGACGUAGUUCUGGUGGUGGACGAAGACGCUCCCUGACGUUCUUGGUCUUUGGGCAAAGUACUGGAGGUGGUGAAGGAACAGAGCGGGCUAGUGAGAAAGGCUAGGAUUAAAACCAAAUCCGGAGAAUACUUGCGACCUAUUUCAAAGUUAUGCUGUCUUCUAGAAAGUGAGUGCAAUGAAAGCGUGAUCGAUAACUCAAGCGAUAUGUGAUCUAUAAAGUAGUCAUUAUACAGUACUCCAUUGGUAAAGAGUUCGUGGAUUCUAAUUAAAGGAAAGUUUUAGUUUUAAUUUAGUAAUCAGUGCUUUAUAUUUCCCAGUGAUGAGUAAUCGAACCAGUCGAUUAGUGGGGGGUGUAGGAAAUAUAGCUCUCCAUACCUUUAAAAUUAUGAAUCAACAGAAGUAAAGAUUUCAUUUGCAUACUAUUAUAAAAUGGUCUGUAUUAAAUAAUUUAUGUAAUAAUGAUUGAAAUGGUCUGUAUUAAAUAAUUUAUGUAAUAAUGAUUGAUAGAUUUUUUGUAUCAGUUUUGUAUUCUUUGAUAUUUCUGUGUAAUGGGGUUGCUGUAACGAACGUUGCCACCUCUCUUUCGGACUCAGUUCACCUCGUGCACUCUGCAAGUUAACUUCUCCCUAUGAAGUCUUAAGAAGGGUUCAACGUUUGGAAGCGUAGAUUGAAGUUUAUGUUAGUGUUUUGGACAUUUUAAAGUUGUAAAUCCCUAGACUUUAUUCAUAUUUUGGAUGCAGGUGUACGAGGGUUCUCUCAAGAGAUUGUUUAUUGAAUUUGUUUAUUGAAUUAGCCUAGUGUGUGUUCUGGAGAUACCAGGUAAGGACGCUUUGUUUAUUUUCAUGUAACUACUUGAAUUCUUGUAUGAUUUAGUUGUUCAUUGUGACUGUAUCAUAUUGAUGUCAUAUUCUAACUUUCUACAGUCGUAUUAUUCAUUUUGCGAUGUUUUCAUCAAGGUACUGAUUCGAAUUAUCCUUCCUUUUAGUUAAAAUGUAAUAAUACACCGUCAGACAAGUUUUACAUAUAUGGAAAGCCAAUAAAGAAAAACUUAUAUAUUGGUGUCAAUUAGAACCCCUAUUUGAAACACACCCUACAAGGUGAAGAUGAGCACCCAAUUA